GCUCCACCUCGCGGUGCGUCACGCAAGGACCGCGCUAAGAGCAGGACCCCCCCUAACCCGGGGCUUGCCCCCGGCGCUGCCUGCCCCGAGCGGCGCUUCGUGGCGGGGCAGCGCGGCCGAGCCGCGGCCUCGGGGUGUCCCCGGGCGGACCCGGUGCGUCCCUGCCGUGCGGCCCCCGCGGUGCGCGCUCCGCUCCCGCUCCGCUUCCCUGAGCCGCGGCGGGGCCGGCAGCGCGGCGGGCAGGCGCGGGCCGGGCCGUGCGGGCGUAUGAGGCCGGGCGUAUGAGGCCGGGCGGUCCGGCGGGCGCGCUGCGCGAUGCGGUGCUGGACGUGGCGCCGGCGCUGAGCGGCCGCGCCGCCGACAUGGGCACGGGAGCGAGCGGCGCGGCGCUGCCCGAGCGGCUGCGGCUGCCCGUGUGCUGCCUCGGCGUCUUCGCCUGCUACUUCUACUACGGCAUCCUGCAGGAGAGCAUCACCCGCGGCCGGUACGGGGAGGGCGCGAAGCAGGAGAAGUUCAAGUUCGCGCUGACGCUCGUGUUCAUCCAGUGCGUGGUGAACGCCGCCUUCGCCAGGCUCCUGAUCCAUGUGUUCGACGCUGUCAAAGUGGAUCGCACCCGGAGCUGGCUCUACGCCGCCUGCUCCCUGUCCUACCUGGGCGCGAUGGUGUCCAGCAACUCGGCUCUGCAGUUCGUCAACUACCCCACGCAGGUCCUUGGCAAAUCUUGUAAGCCCAUUCCAGUCAUGCUUUUAGGAGUGACUUUGCUGCGGAAGAAGUACCCCCCAGCCAAGUAUCUCUGCGUCCUCCUCAUCGUGGCCGGCGUCGCCCUGUUCCUCUACAAGCCUAAGAAGGCGACUGGGAUCGACGAGCACGUCUUUGGCUACGGAGAGCUCCUCCUGCUGCUGUCGCUGACGUUGGACGGGCUGACGGGGGUGUCUCAGGACCACAUGAGAGCUCACUACCAAACGGGUUCCAACCACAUGAUGCUGAACGUUAAUCUCUGGUCCACCUUGUUCCUGGGGGCUGGGAUUCUGUUCACUGGAGAGCUCUGGGAGUUCCUGAGUUUCACGGAGCGAUACCCCAGCGUCAUUUACAACAUCCUGCUCUUCGGCCUCACCAGUGCUCUGGGUCAGAGCUUUAUUUUCAUGACCGUGGUGUACUUCGGCCCUCUGACGUGUUCCAUCAUCACCACAACCCGCAAGUUCUUCACCAUCUUAGCGUCCGUCAUCCUCUUUGCCAACCCCAUCAGCUCCAUGCAGUGGGUGGGGACGGUCCUUGUGUUCUUGGGCCUUGGACUCGAUGCCAAAUUCGGGAAGGGAGUGAAGAAGACGUCGCACUGAGGAGAGGGGCGAUCUCUGCCGUUGGGAUGGACUUUUAAUUUAUUGUCUUGUACCUCAAAACCAGUUCUGAGCCCGGGCUCAGGACGGGAACCAGGAGGAGAUUGGCUCUGGCUUUUGUUUGGUUGAGUUUUUAAUUCAGAAUUGUCUUAAGAGGUGUAAUAGUUUAGUUUGAAUUGUAAUUGAGCUGCCUUUGUUCUGUUUCUGUAAUCAAAGCUGCGUCCCGAGAUCCCAGCAGCAGGAUGCAAUUCUUGCCUUAACAGGAAAAAAACCCAACCUCCAGAUCUUUAUUAAAGAAAAAGAGACAAUGGCCACUUCUGCAGAACCUUGAUUUCAGGGAUUAUGCCUGAUCCUGGGGACAAACAGCACAAGGAAAAGGCUGCUCUUAGAACCCUGUUAGGUUUUUUGGUGUGGUCUGGAAAGAUGCCUGGAUUAAAGGCUUGGAAAGGUGCCUGGAUUAAAGGCCUGUGUUGAAGACACCCCCUU